CGCGCGCACUUCUGGCGAGUGAGGGAGUGUGAGGGGGUGUGGGAGCGAGGAGCGGCCGAGUGUGUGUGUGUGUGUCUGUGUGUGAGUGUGUGUGGUGAGGUGAAUGUGUGUGGGUGGGUGUGAGGAGAGCCAGGCCGACCACGCGGCUGUGAGAAAGGGGGCGAGUGGGCGAGGACGCCCGGACUGGCUGCGGGAGCCGCUGCGGCGGCGGCGGCGGCGGAGAAAGGAGGCGGCUCCCGGCAUCCCGACCCCCUCCCCCGCCUCUCCUUCUUGGACUUCCAGCCCCUUGGCCGCCCGCGCUGCCCUCGGAGGCCCCAGCCCGGCGCCGCCGGCAGAGAGUGAGGGAGGAGCCGAUCGAGCCAGAGUUUACAUUCAGGAGGAAAUAAUCCCGGAAAAGGAAAAACAGGCAGAUCAAGAUGUGUAGCUCUGUGGCUGCCAAGUUAUGGUUUUUGACAGAUCGUCGAAUCAGGGAAGACUAUCCCCAGAAAGAGAUCUUACGAGCAUUAAAGGCCAAAUGUUGUGAAGAGGAACUGGACUUUAGGGCUGUGGUGAUGGACGAGGUGGUGCUAACAAUUGAGCAAGGAAACCUAGGUCUUCGGAUCAAUGGAGAAUUAAUUACUGCCUACCCCCAGGUGGUGGUAGUUAGAGUACCAACCCCAUGGGUGCAAAGUGAUAGCGACAUCACUGUUUUGCGCCAUCUAGAGAAAAUGGGAUGCAGGUUGAUGAACCGACCUCAAGCCAUCCUGAACUGUGUUAAUAAGUUCUGGACAUUUCAAGAGUUGGCAGGUCAUGGUGUUCCUCUGCCAGAUACUUUCUCUUAUGGUGGUCAUGAAAAUUUUGCUAAAAUGAUUGAUGAAGCAGAAGUACUGGAGUUCCCAAUGGUUGUGAAGAAUACACGAGGUCAUAGAGGCAAAGCUGUGUUCUUGGCUCGUGAUAAACAUCAUUUGGCUGACCUAAGCCAUCUUAUUCGCCAUGAAGCUCCGUACCUAUUCCAGAAGUACAUUAAAGAGUCUCAUGGAAGGGAUGUACGUGUCAUUGUCGUGGGAGGCCGUGUGGUUGGCACCAUGUUACGUUGUUCAACAGAUGGGAGGAUGCAAAGCAACUGCUCACUAGGUGGUGUGGGGAUGAUGUGCUCAUUGAGUGAACAAGGGAAGCAGCUGGCUAUCCAGGUGUCUAACAUCCUGGGAAUGGAUGUAUGUGGCAUUGACCUGUUGAUGAAAGACGACGGCUCCUUCUGUGUCUGCGAGGCCAAUGCAAAUGUAGGUUUCAUCGCCUUUGAUAAGGCUUGUAAUCUAGAUGUAGCUGGUAUCAUAGCGGACUAUGCCGCCUCCCUUCUGCCCUCUGGCCGGCUCACCCGGCGUAUGUCCCUGCUCUCCGUGGUGUCCACGGCCAGUGAGACUAGUGAGCCGGAGCUGGGUCCCCCAGCCAGCACUGCUGUCGACAACAUGAGCGCAAGUUCCAGCUCUGUCGACAGUGACCCAGAAACCACGGAGCGAGAGCUGCUCACCAAGCUCCCAGGGGGCCUAUUCAACAUGAACCAACUGCUAGCCAAUGAAAUCAAACUCCUGGUGGAGUGAUUCCACCAGUAAAUAAUUAACCAACAAAAACCCUUGUAAAACUUUCUUUUUCUUCCUUUUUUUAUUCUUUUUUCUUUUUUCUUUUUUUAACCAACUUGCAAUGCUGUUCAUGGAAGAUGCUCAGGAAGAUGAGAAAAAAUUGAGUAGGACUAGUUAAAGAAGGGGGAGAUAGACAAGACCGCUCUUAAGGUGAUACUGACCUUAAUUUACAAAUCCUACAGAGAGAGGCAGAAGAGGUGAGAUAGAGAAAAAUUUCAGGCUUUCAUAGUUACCUUUUUAAAUUACUCAAUGUGUAGGUUCUCAGGCCAUGAAGAACUUUUUUUCAUGGUCCCUUGCUUUGUUUUUGUACAAUUGGUAGCAUAACUUCACAUUGUGUUAUAAUGGGUGAGGAAAACAUUACCUAAAUUACAGUUUUUUAUACAAAUCUAAAAAUUCUGUCUAUACUCUAUUAACUAGCAGCUUUAUUUCAUAGUUUAUGAAAUCUUGAGGGAUGCUUACUGAUUUUUUUUUUUCCCUUGAUUUGGAUGGGAGGGCAAUGUGAAUGUGACCCAAUAAAGGAUUUUUAAUGACAAAAUUGGCAUGUUUGCAUGAUAAAAGGGAAAUGAACAGUAUUGCAAUGUCUGGCACACAAAAUAACAUUUACUCCAUUGUAGAUAAAAUUGCACUAGUUUAAAAUAUGUGCAUUGACUUGUAUUUGUGUUUUAGUUUUUUUUGAAAGAUAUAUGCUGUUAUGUUACUUUUUUUUUUAAUACAUGCUAGUCUUAACAUUCCCUGAUCUAUGCCUGCAUCUUUAACAAUGGCCAAAGUGAAGAAAAUGCUACCUUUUUUGUUAACAAGACACUGACUUGAAACAUGUGCAUUUAAAGCCUUUUAUUUUUCCUUUUCUCUUUUGGUGGUUGGGCAUUUAAAGAAUAAGGACAAGGAAAAAUAUUUUUAAGGGGCCAAAUCAAGGGCCUAUAAGUAUAAAGCUGAAGUGAUUUCUAAUACCAGCGUUAUAUAUUUGCAUUUUUCACAUUUAAUGAGGGAGCGCACAUGCGCGUGCAUGUGUGUGUGUGUGUGUGUGUGUGUGUGUGUGUGUGUACACUCGCCUGUGUGUACACAUGCAUGUGUAUAUGUUUUGCUUUUUGUUUACACCAACCAAUCAAAAAGGAUAGGUGGAAAGAAAAUCUAUGAUGGGAAAGUUUUUUUCUUACUGUACUCCACUGGGUAGACAUACUAUCCAAAGGUACCCAUACAUACCUAAAGGCAUAAGGAGAGUAGAUGCUUCUUAGGCUUUUGUGUAUAUGUAUGUCUUUUGGUUUUUCCUUUGGUUCUAGACUGUUCAUUGUUUGGUUUAUUCAAGGCUACAUGCUUUUCUGCAGUGCUUCUUGCUGUACAUUUUCUCCUGUUACACAUAGGUUUUGCGGUGGGGUGGGGUGGACUGAACAUUUUUGUUUGGGAAGGUAUUGGGUCUCUUAUAGCCCUACUCUCAAGCCUUCAGUACUCUCCACUCUUUAUUUCUUUGUUUCUCAAUUUAUUAAAGCCCCAAGACUGCAUAUAUGAGCCUUUAAACAUAGGUAAAGCUAUCACAGUGAAUGGUUUGGAAGGUGUGUUAAGAAAUCGAGAUGCUCCAGAGUUCAUCAUAAUUUUUCUAAACAGCAAGUUCCAUCUCCCUCCAAUCCUCUGAAGCUUUUACCCGAGUCCUUUCUUGCCUCUUCAGUGCUUUUUUUCCCUUCAGAUGGACCUUAAACAUAAUUUCUUGGACACUACUAGAGAGACUUUGAGGCAGUAGUUAAAAAUCAGUAUUAACCAGCUCUAACAGAGGUUUGAUCAUGCUUACUUGUACAGUUUUCCCCCAUUUAAAAAAGGAAUGUAAUAAAAUUUGUUUUUUCCAUAGAAUUAAAUAAUAUUAAAAUUGAGUGAAAGGUUGAUUGUUGACAAAUAGAAUAGUACCUCUAAUCUGUGCAGUGUCUCAUUUCACCUUAGAAAAAUAUACGUAAGAGUUUCUAAUUUAUUUUAGGAUAUUCUAAUCUGAUCUAAAAGAAUUUGACUUGUACAGGGUUAUUAUGGGACGUAUUGUGGAAUAUCAUAAGUACCUCUGACUCACUUGGUACUUGCUGAAUGACCAUGCUUUGGAAGAUUCACACUAUUUGGGAUAGAGAAAUAAACAAGGAAGAAAGAACUGGUUAAUUAAAUCAUCAUUCGUAUGUGUUUAGAGACCAUCUGGUUGUCACGUAGAUUAUGAUACAUGUACUUUGCAUAGUUACAUAUCACAUAUAUAUAGAUUAAUGAAUUUUAAAACACGGCACACCUCCAUUUGAAAAUCUCAAGCAAGGUUUGUGUUGAGUGGGAUAAGGCACCAGGAAAAAUGUAGGUAGCCUUUUAAAAAGUUAUCGAAUUAACCAAAUAAUUAUAAGAAGUAUCUGAGAUUAUUUCAUCUUUAGUUUUACUCACUAUCCAUCUUUUGUGCAUUCUUACUAUAUGAAAACAGUUAGCAACCUAUUUCUGGAUCAUACGCUCAUGUUAGAAUCAAAAAGGCAGGAACGGUCAUCUUAAGCCUUUAAAAACAUGACUAUCCUCUUGAAUUCCCUCAAAGUAAGGUAAAGAAUAUGAACGAAUCAUACUGGAAGAACCCAAAUUAAACAGCCCAGGUAUUUAAAUGAAAGUUAAAUAUAUUUUCAUAUUGUUUAAUAACUUUUGUAUAAUCUUUAUUGCUAUUAUGAGAGGUAAAAAUGUGUAUUUAUCAAAUAUGUAUAAAUGUUGUCAUGCCAAAAUCUGAAUUAUUGUAAAACUAUUUUGUGUUGUUACAAUUGUAAUUCUGAAUUGUAUUUAAAAGUAAUUCUUUCUGAUACUGUUUUUCUGUCACCCAUGAUGAAAAGUGGACUAUGUAUACACAAACACACAAAUAUGAACUAUUGCAUUUAAAUUUUUUAAUAGUUAUUUUCUUUUGAUUGGUCAUUUUUGCUGACUUUAACUCCACUGAACUUUGAAAUGUUUCUGUAUAUGCUGUCAAUUACGAAAAUGCCCUGGGUCAACAUUCAAGAGACUUGGCUUUCAUGAAGCACUUUGUCAGACUUUGGAGAAGGUACUGAAGGCAUUGAAAGAAGUAAUUUGGCUGUCAAGAUCAUCUCUUCUUUUUCUCAAGAAGAAAACAAUGGAAAAAGAAAUUCUCUUCAUUCAGUGAAUCCCUAGUUUGGGGUCUGGGGAGCUUAGAGACACUGUGAAAUCAAAUCUUGUGUUACAUUUUUCUUCUGGCUCACUCUUUUUGAGAAGGUUUAUGGGCUAUAUGGCUGGUGAGACACGAUCCCCUCCUAAGAAAAUGUAGGUGCUCAGACAGGUAACCUCUGCUGCUACUGUUUUUAUUUGUUUGUUUGUUUGUUUAAUUUCUUUUAAAAUUUGUUUUUGUUGUACUAGGAUGUUUUAAAAUGUAAUAUAUUGCAGGAUUUAUAACAAGGUUCACUGCUUUCUUUCUUUUUUUUCUUAAAAAACAAAAAGUUUCAUUUAAGAUACAUUUAGGCGCCUUUGAAGCUUCGAUUUUGGAAUGUUUCAGUAGUGGAAAGAAAUCUGCUGUUGGAAUCUUCUAGUCUUCCAGGUUUAAUUUGAAAUGUUUUUAGUUUUGUUUUGGAUUUUUGUGUGGUAUUUUAUUUCCUUUAUACCAAUGGCCUUUUGCCAUGCUGUUUUUCGGGUGGCUGCCUAACUCUAGUGAAAAUUCUUUCUAUAUUAACGAAAAUGUGGUGUUUUAAAUUCCUUAAUGUUUUGCAUUUUUUAAUUUGUUUUUAAAGAAAUAUUCUAACUGCUUGCACUAUUACUGUUCUUUGCCAGCCUUUUCAGGAGCCAAAAAAACAAAAACAAACAAACAAAAAAAUACCCAGAGAAAAAACUUUCCUUCUUCCCCCUUCCUGAUGAUGAGUGAGAAGUAUUGAGAACUUUCGGGGUCAGUGCCCUUCUAAACUCCCCUUCCCCCAAUAAUGCAGCUGUAGAAUGAAUGGUAAAUGCAGCGGUUUGGAUUCAGGCACAGCCCCCGCCUGUUGGCAGCAGAGAAAUAAACUGGUAGGUGGCAGCAGAAGAAGAAUUCUUCAGAUUGAUGGCUGCUGACAAUUUGACAGACCAUGUCAAGCAGGAGGGGCAAAAAUGGAAACAGGACUAAGAUUCCUAAAUCUUGACUCUGCAUGGUUCUUUUGAUCUCACAGAAUGGAUGAAGAUAGAUUUGACCAUAUGUUUUUUCAAAUGGAGGAUAGAAAUACACAGAACAAGGAAGCAGUAGCUCUAACCUGUUUAAUUCAGUGUGUUUUCUAAAAUAAAGACACCAGACUGGAAAUGAA